AAAACACAAAUUAAACAAUGGACAGAGUGCUUCUGCAGCUGCUCAGCUUUGCUGCUCUUCUGGCUGGUGCCCACUGUCAGUGUCAUCAAGGCUGGAGAGAGUAUGAGAAUAAAUGUUACUUCUUCUCGACUGAUACAAAGUCGUGGCUGGAGGCUCAGUCCUUCUGUUUGAGCCAGAGAAGCAACCUGAUGAGUAUUCAGGACAUCCAUGAGAGGCUGUGGAUAAGGACUCAAAUCGACGCAGAGAUCUACUGGUUCGGUCUGAAUGAUCGGAUUGCAGAAAGUGUUUGGGAGUGGGCGGAUGGGGUUCCUUUUAAUGAACACUUAUCAUUCUGGGCACCGGGUCAGCCUGAUAACUGGGGUGCUGAACCAGGCGAGGACUGUGGUCAGGUGUUAGGAGGCAGCUAUGGACAGUGGAAUGACGAGAACUGCGACGUCAAGAGGAAAUACAUCUGCAAGCACGUGAACUCGAACCCUGUCCCUCGGUGUGACUUAAACAACGGCUGGAGACAAUACGGCUCCAACUGCUACAAGCUGAAUGCAGACACCAGGAAGAGUUGGUCGGAUGCGAGACACGACUGUGUGCAGAACGGAGGAGACCUGGUGUCCAUCACUUCAGCGGCAGAGGAGCAGUACAUCACAGGAGAACUGGACCCGUCGCGCUUUGACCUCUGGAUUGGAUUGUCCACUCUAAAAUGCAACAAGAUUGGAUGUCAAGUUGAAGCCGGAAACACUCAGUGGGCCUGGUCUGAUGCUACAGCAGUGGGUUUUUUAAACUGGGGUACAGAUGAACCAACACUGGACGCUCAGGUCGGCUCGUGUUCUGCAAUCAUCAAAGAUGCAUCAGAUCAAUUUGGGAAAUGGAAAUCACACAUGUGCAGACAUGAGCGCCCUUACAUGUGUAAACGACCACUGAACACCAUCUGCCCCUCCGGCUGGCUGAGCUUCUCAGGCAGCUGUUACUGGAUGGUCAGUAACAUCAAUCUGUUGACCACCUGGCACGAUGCUUUCACCAAGUGCUCAGAUCAGGGGGCCCACCUGCUCAUAAUAAACAGUCAGGAGGAACAGUUCUUCAUUAACGGGAAACUUCCAGACUUCCACCAAGUAGACAUCCCCGACAUCUGGCUUGGUUUAUCAGAUAAAGAUCAAGACGGGGAUUUCAGAUGGGUUGAUAAAACUGCGAUUACUUUUUCCAACUAUGGUCCUGGUUGGCCCCAAAACACUGCAAGCGUCUGGGACUGUGGACAAAUCUUCACAGGGAAUUAUCAAGGCAAAUGGGAAACAACAAACUGCUUCAAGAGACUGGGUUACAUUUGUGAGAUGACUGGUGGACAGAACCCCAAACCCACUGCAACUCCCGAUUCCCACUGUGACUCUGGGUAUUUGUUGUACGGGGACUUCUGCUAUCAGUUUGAGACUGAGGUUGUGAAAAGCUGGCAGGAUGCAGAGUCUCACUGUGCAGGCGAGCAGGCUCACCUGGUCAGUGUUCACUCUGAGGAGGAACUGAGCUUCAUUGUUGCUCACAUGCCGGCACAGGCCUGGAUCGGUUUGAAUGAUAUCAGUAUUGAAGGCCAGUUUGUGUACUCCGAUGGAACUCCUGCAGACUUCCUCCUAUGGGGGCCCAACCAGCCAGACAACUGGCAGAACAACGAGGACUGUGUGCACAUCAGAGGGGCGGAUCACUCUGAACCUGGAAAAUUCAACGACGAUUUCUGCACCUCCACAAAAGAAUUUAUCUGCAAAAAAGCCAAGGGACAAGGACCUCCUCCUCAGCCACCAACAUCUGGACCAGGCUGGAAUGUUAAAUGUGGUUCGUGGAUGGCCGACCCUUUCAACGACUACUGCUACCUGUUUAACUACCUGUCCAUGAGGACUUGGGCGGAGGCUCGAGCCGACUGUCUCAACCAGGGAGGAGACCUCGUCAGUGUCACAGAUCCCUUUGAACAGGCCUUCAUACAAGGCGUGAUCCAGCUGAGUCCUACAGGGAUCUCUUUGUGGAUGGGCGGUCAUGACUCGGUCACUGAAGGCGGCUGGGAGUGGGUUGAUGGUUCUCCUUUCAGAUACAUCCGUUGGAAUGCAGGUAAUCCAGACAACUAUUACGGUGAGGACUGCCUCUCAAUACUCAUUAACAACGGCUACUGGAAUGACGACAACUGUGAGAACAAGAGAGGAUACAUCUGCAAGCGGAAAGGAGACACACCGGAGCCUCCUCCACCUCAUGAUGGUUAUAUGACGGCUCUAAUCUGUGAUGGCUCCUCCGCUGUGCUUCACUGUCCACAAGAAAGUGUUAUCAACAUCCAGUCGGCCUUCUACGGGCGAAAGAGCGAUGACAUCUGUCCACAUCUGGAUGGAUCGACUGGAAGCUGUACCGUGGAAGGUGUCCUUCCUCGCUUUAGAAAGUCAUGUGACAACAAACCCUUCUGCUUCGUGUACCCCCCUGAAGUCGUCGACCCUUGUCCAGAUGUUUCCAAAUACAUCGAGAUUGUCUACACCUGUGAACAAAAAGUGUGUCUGCACGGCCUGGGCAUCGAGGACAGAAACAUCUCAGACUCCCAGCUCUCUGCCUCCUCCUCCAUCGGUGGAUUCACGCCCAGCCAAGCCCGUCUGAAUGGAAAUUCCUGCUGGAGACCCUCAGGGAGCGCAACUUCAAGCUGGAUCCAGGUUAACUUGGGCCAGACCAGAAAAAUAACAGGAAUAGUGAUCCAGGGUUGUCCUCAAUAUGACUACUGGGUCACCAAAUUUAAGAUCCAGCACAGUAUGGACGGCACAACCUGGACUGACCACACUCCUGACGGACCGUUUUUCCCGGGCGCAACAGACAGAAAUACUCCUGAGACUCAGCUGCUGGGUACGCCUAUGUCAGCUCAAUAUGUGCGCAUCCUCCCACUGGAGUUCAGCGGUCAGGCAGGCCUUCGCUUUGACGUCUUAGGAUGCACACCGGACUAUGCAAUCUCAUGCGCCAGUUGGCCAAACUUCAACUUUGCCAAUGACAAAAUGACAGUCCACUGUCCAGCCCGCUGUGCCAAUUCUUAUUACAGGUUGUAUGGCACUUCAACAUAUCGUGGGGACUCAAACAUCUGUGCUGCAGCCAUCCACGCUGGAGUGAUCUUAAAUGAAGUCGGAGGAGAUUGCACUCUGUUGAAGCAGGAAGGACAGAACUUCUACCCCGGCUCCACCAGGAACGGCAUCACUUCCUUACAAUAUGAUGGAAACUAUGCUGUGUCCUACACGUUUGCUGAUGGAGAGCUGAGGUGUUCAGGGCCCGACUGGUACGAGUUUGGAGAGUUCUGCUACAAACCUUUUGAAGACAAGAAGACAUGGAGAGACGCCCAGAGCACCUGCAGGAGCAUGGGUGCUGAACUCGUAUCUAUCCGCUCGAUGACGGAGCAGAGCUGGUUGGAAAGCUACUUGUACUUGGCCACCAGUGACGUGUGGACCGGUCUGAAUGACCUAGUUGUACCUGGAAUGUUCACCUGGUCAGACGAACACAUGGUGACCUUCACCUACUGGGCUCCAGGAGAACCAAACAACCACGACGGGUUCAGUGAAGACUGUGUGGAGAUGUUGUAUCAGUCUGGUCGAUGGAACGACGUAUCGUGCUCAGAACUCAACACCUACAUCUGCAAAAUGCCCAAAGCUCAUUACCCAGUGCCCUCUGUGAAGCCGACUGUAUACGGAUGCCCUCAGGGCUGGGACGCCUACGGCUACGCCUGCUACUGGAUGGAGGAGACUGGCAGGAGCUGGUCUGACGCUAAGGACUUCUGUAAAGCGCAGGGCGGCUUCCUGCUGCACAUCGGAGACAUAUACGAGCAGGCACAUUUUACAGUGGCACUGACGGGGAAGACCGGUAUGUGGUGGAUCGGCCUGCGUGCUGGAGGACAAGAUGGAGGGGUGGACUACGAGUGGGACAAUGGCUCACCUCUGACCUUCACUCACUGGGACAGAGAGCAGCCAGAUAACGGGGAUGGUACGUGUGUGGCCAUGACAACCGGUGCUGUUGGAGGUUUCUGGGAUGACAAGCAGUGCUUAGAGAAAUACUCCUUCGUCUGCGAGAAACCCAGACCCGACAUCACUCCACCCACGAAGCCCCCGACUCCCCCUCCUGCAGAGGGCUGUGCUGACAGCUGGACGGCUCUGCCUGCGUUCAGACACUGUUACAGGCUCUUCCAUGAUGUGAAAUGGUCUCAAAAGAAAAGCUGGGGAGCAGCCAAUGAGGACUGCGUCUCCAGAGGAGCUAUCCUGGUCAGCAUCCACAGUCAGGCGGAGGAAGAGUUUUUAUCUGUGUACAGUAAAGGCACCAGCAAGUGGAUCGGCCUCAAACACAACCCCACAGAAGGAGGCUAUUCCUGGAGCGAUGGCACUCCGCUGUCCCACACAAACUGGGGUCCCGGGGAGCCGAACAACCACGAGGGACGCGAAGAGUGUGUGGAGAUGGUGAGCACCACCAACGGUACCUUCUCCUGGUGGAACGAUCUCAACUGUGACGCUCACCAAGACUGGAUCUGCAUGAUCGCAAAAGGAAAGAAACCUAUCCUGCCCCCAAUUCCCCCACCUCCUGUCCCAGCUCCCGAUUGCGGUUCAAAUCCCGGCUGGAGAAAGAACAAGGACAUCUGCUACUACUACAACGACACUGACGUGGUGGACUUCCACACGGCCAUGAGACGCUGCUACGCUGAGAAGGCCUCACUCGUCUCCAUCCUCAGCAAAGAGGAACAGGCGUACGUUAACAGCAUGGUGGGAACAGGUGAGGUUUCUGCGUCGUGGAUUGGGAUGAGGAUGUUUGGCACUGCAGGUGGACAAUACAUGUGGGUGGACUUCUCCCCGUUGACAUACACUCACUGGGGUCCGGGUGAGCCCAACAACGCGAAUGGGGAGGAACAGUGUGUGCAGAUGAACAGACAUCAGGGUGGAUGGAACGAUGCCAACUGCGGUCGCGCUGGAGCAGGUUACGUUUGUAAGAAGUACCCCGGGGACAUCCACACCCCUCCUCCACCCACACAGCCGUGGGAGGGCAACUGCCCCGCAGGUUGGAUUCGUUUCAACAACAAGUGCUUCAUGUUCAAAGGGAAGAAAGGAGAAAUCAAAGCCAACUGGUCUUACGCUCGGAGUUGGUGCAAAGACCAAGGAGGAGACCUGGCCGUUAUUGAUAACCAGUACGAGAACGACUUUGUGUCCAGUUACCUGAGAGACCUGGAGCUCCCUACGUGGAUCGGCAUGUCAGAUCUGUUGGUGGAGAAUCAGUAUGCGUGGAGUGACGGGGUCAGCCCUGUGCUCUACACAAACUGGAACGACAAGGAGCCAAACAACGCAGGAGGAGCAGAGCACUGCGUGGCGUUGGCUCAUAACCACCUGGUGAGCGGCAAGUGGAACGAUGACGCCUGCCAUAAGGAUCACAGCUUCGUCUGCUCCAGGAAGAAAUCCAGCAGCAUCGACCCUCCACCCCCAACCAAGAACCCGUGCCCGGCCGGCUACAUCUCCUGGUACAUGAACUGCUACAAGCUGGUGGAGGAGAAGGCGACCUGGGAGGCAGCUCAGACGGCCUGUGCUCAGCAGGGGGGAAACCUGGCCAGUAUCGACAUGAGCUACGACCAGGCCUUCGUCGCUGGAGUCGUCCUGAAGGGCAAAGAAGACGCCUGGAUCGGACUCAAGCGCAAGGAGGACGGCUCCUACACGUGGACGGACGGCUGGCCCGUGUUCUUCACUCAGUGGGGGCCGGGUGAGCCCAGCAACAUAAAAGACGAGGGCUGCGUCAGCAUGCACGGUUCGCGCGCCUUCCACGGGACCUGGAACGACACCCAGUGCGACCUAGCUAAACCUUACAUCUGCAAGAUCUCCUCAGAGAAACCUCCGCCGACUCCAGCCCCUGGUGACGGAAGGUGUCUGCCAUUCUGGAUGCCCUACGGCCGCUACUGUUACGGCGUGUACGACGGUCAACAGGGUUUCUCUUGGCCGGAUUCCCGACACUACUGCCAGUCCAUCAAGGCAGAGCUGGUGUCUAUCCACAGCAGGGCGGAGGUCGAGUUCAUCAGGAACCUCAACUACACCAAUAAUCACAACGUCUGGAUCGGCCUCACCCGGGACAACAACUUUGGCUGGGGCUGGACGGACAGGACGUCUCUUGGCUUCCUCAACUGGGCUCCCGGUGAGCCGAACGCAGCGUUUCACCCGGGAGAAGUGGCUGAAGAGAACUGUGUCGAGAUGUACGCGGACGGACGCUGGAAUGACAACAACUGCCUCAACAAGAGAGGCUUCGUAUGCCGACACCGCCAGUACUAUACAACAGAUGAUGGCGGUAAUCCAGUUUUCCCCACUGAUGGUCCUGGUGGCAGCAAUGGAGGGGUGAUAGCCGGCGCCAUCAUUGCAGCCGUUGUGAUUGUCACCUUGAUAUUUGGACUGCUGUUCUAUGUGUUCAGAAUCCGGGGUUACAAACUCAGCAGCCUGAGUCUGCCAACAAGAACAACCAGUCGUGUUGAUGUGCCCGCUUUCACCAACCCAAACUUCGGAGGAGAAUCAGACACAUAGAGCAUCACUCAAGUUUUGUACAGUCUUU